GUUUUCGGGCCCUGGCACGCCGGCCAGCUUCGGGGAGGCGCGCGGGCGGCGGGAGGUCUUCGCCGUGGGCCAGUUGCUGCCUGCCGUGCCUGCAGAUAGAAGAUAUAGGAGGGCCGCUGAGGUAUGGCCCUGCGCAUCUCAUCGGCUUCGAAAUCAGCCCGAAAAGUGGCAGCAUUGUCGAGGAAGCCCCAACAGAAGUGCCUGGGUGGAAUUUGGCAAAAACACUGCAAAGCCAGGGACAGCGCGGCCCCUGCCGAAAGCCCUGUGGGGCGGGCUUCUAUUUUUUGCGAGGGGGCGGGGCGCCAAGGAAGCUGGUGGAAGAUGCCCGGACCCGGCCCGCCGGUUGCUUGUUAAGCAUCCAUGCGCGCACCCACGCCGCGCCCACUGGUCUUAGUUAAAACGACCGCCCCCGGUCGUGGCCGGGCGCCUCGCCUUUGUUAGCACGCCCACCAAAGUGAUUGGCGUUCAUUCUUGGGACUGCCGUCUUGCGCGGCGCCCUCCCCCUGUUGGGUUAUCCCGUGCGACCGGGAGAAGCAUUCGGCGCGCUUCGAGAUCAGGCCGGGCAGUGCCGGUGAGAACGAAGGAACCCACCCGGUGGGGCGCGGGAGUGGGCCGGCUCCGUAUCCACUACCUAGAAAAGCCGGCCGCCCGUGGUGUUGGUCCGUCGCGCCGGAAAUGCGUCUGCGACGCCGGACUUCAAGUCCCCGGAGCCGGCAGCUGAUGAGGGUGGAAAUGUCUGUUGUAAAGGAUUCUGAUUGUCCUAUCUCUGCUAUCUUGAGGCAGUGGGGCCCUGGUGCGCAGCUUCUGGGUCGCUUGUCGGAGAGAAAAAAGCCGAAAGCCGGGAAGGGCGCCCAUGAGUGAGAUUCCCAAGCGAUGCGCCCCAGGCGAAGAAGUCAGCGGGGGCGCGCGUUUUGGCGGGGCCUUGUCGCGCUUUACGCCGGCCCACCGGCUGGGGCGCCCUUGGGGAGGCCGGCUUCCCUCCCGUUUGGGCAGUUGUGGCACAGCAGUGGGCCGCCUUGCGGGCGGGG